CGGCCGUGGCCACUACCCAGCCUGCCCCGCGGCAAGAUGGCGGCCUGAAGGCAGUGGGCAGCGGCAGAAAUUUCAGCUGAAGACUCAGGGGCCCCAGGGACUGGAAGAAAUCACAGUGCCUACUUGGAAAGAAGAAGAGGUAGCGACUUGCCCCAGCUCAACCCCAGAGCGGCUCCGGAGCUGGGUUGCUCACAAACCAAGCUGUCUGUUUGUAUGGAGUGCCUGGAGGGCAUCUGCCAUGAGUCUGUCGCUAACCGUGCUAACCAGGAGAGCUGGCUGGUUGGGGAGAAGACACUAACCCUGGAGCUGGAGGAAGGAUGGUGGUUUGGAGAGAAUCCGGAUUCUGAAGAGGUUUCCCUUUAUCUCCAGCAGCGUGAUCUCUGACCUGGGGGGAAGCCUCGGUCACAUACACACGCUCUCCAUAUCCACAAAGCUGUGGACCAGCUGUCCAGCUGCUUCUCCCAUCAUCCUUCAGUGCACCUGGCCUUGCUCACAUCCUGGGUCUGACCCUGCCUCCACUGUUUCCAGUCAGGGACAGCAGCCUGCCAGGCCCAUGGUAUCCCUGGAGCUCUUGGCUAGAGGAAGUGGAGGGGCCUUGGGAUGCGGAGAGCCGAGGGCUGACUCCUGGACAGCGGAACAGAGAGAACUGCCGACAGACAGACGCAGGUUGAGGAGCCCUCACCUCCCAGAAUGACCAGUGCAGCCCCUGCUAAGAAACCCUACCGGAAGGCGCCACCUGAGCAUCGGGAGCUGCGGCUAGAGGCUCCUGGCUCCCGGCUGGAGCAGGAGGAGCCUCUGACUGAUGCGGAGAGGAUGAAGCUCUUGCAGCAGGAGAAUGAGGAGCUUCGCCGGCGCCUGGCCUCUGCCACCAGGCGUACUGAGGCCCUGGAGCGCGAGCUGGAGAUUGGGCAAGACUGCUUGGAGCUGGAGCUGGGCCAGAGUCGCGAGGAGCUAGACAAGUUUAAGGACAAGUUCCGCAGGCUGCAGAACAGCUACACAGCUUCCCAGAGGACCAACCAGGAGCUGGAGGACAAGCUGCACACACUGAUCAAGAAGGCUGAGAUGGACAGGAAAACUCUGGAUUGGGAGAUCGUGGAGCUGACCAACAAGUUACUGGACGCGAGGAACACCAUCAACAAGCUGGAGGAGCUCAAUGAGCGGUACCGGCUGGACUGCAACCUGGCUGUGCAGCUCCUCAAGUGCAACAAGUCCCACUUCCGUAACCACAAGUUCGCCGACCUGCCCUGUGAACUACAGGAUAUGGUUCGGAAACAUCUCCACAGUGGUCAGGAGGCUGUCAGCCCUGGGCCUGCCCCCAGCCUUGCCCCAGGGGCUGUGGUGCCCACCUCGGUCAUUGCCCGCGUGUUGGAGAAGCCAGAGUCUCUCCUGCUCAACUCGGCCCAGUCAGGCAGUGCCGGGCACCCCUUGGCUGAGGAUGUCUUUGUGCAUGUGGAUAUGAGUGGGGGGGACCCAGGUGACCUGGCCAGCCCCCCGGCCCCGGGCAGCCCCAUCCCCCAACCCAAUGGGGAGUGCCGCUCCCUGGGCACUGCCAGAGGCUCCCCAGAGGAGGAGCUGCCCCUGCCGGCCUUUGAGAAGCUGAGCCCCUACCCGACCCCGUCCCCACCCCACCCGCUGUAUCCCGGCCGCAGGGUGAUAGAGUUCUCUGAGGAUAAGGUGCGGAUUCCCCGCAACAGCCCGCUGCCCAACUGCACCUAUGCCACCCGCCAGGCCAUCUCCCUGAGUCUGGUGGAGGAGGGCGGUGAGCGGGCCCGUCCUAGCCCAGUGCCCAGCAGCCCUGCCUCGGCCCAGGCCUCCCCCCAGCACCAGCCCAGCCCUGGCCCUCCAGCCCUCAGUGCCCCGGCCAGCUCCGCCAGCUCCGAGGAGGACCUGCUGGCCAGUUGGCAGCGGGCCUUUGUGGACCGCACCCCGCCCCUGGCCACCGUGGCCCAGCGCACAGCCUUCGGACGUGACGCGCUCCCCGAGCUGCAGCGUCACUUCGCCCUCGGCCCCGCUGGUGGAGAUGAGGUUCAGGCACCUUCUUCCCCUCCUGGUGAAAGUGGGCUUUUGCUGCCAGCGGAAGCUGCCCCCAGCUUUCCCAGGGAGGAGGACGAGGAAGAGCUGAACCUGCCCAUCAGCCCUGAGGAAGAGUGCCGGAGCUUGCUGCCCAGUGACAGUGGCCCAGAGGAGGGGCCUGGCACUCCUCGCACUGAGGGCAGGCCCUGGGCACUCCCCAGCUCCAGCCGCCCCCAGCGCAGCCCCAAGAGGAUGGGGGUGCACCACCUGCACCGAAAGGACAGCCUGACACAGGCCCAGGAGCAGGGCAACCUGCUCAACUAGGGCCCAGCUUGCCCUUCCUGCCAUUGCUGCACUGGGACUGCAGGGCACCACUGCCCUUGCAGCUCACAGUCCCCACAUAGCCCAAGCCCUUGAACUCUGCUCCCUGUGUGGGUAAGGUUAGACCACACCAGGCCCUUCAGCUGCCUUGGCUGUAACUGGUAUCGGCUUGCCUCGUGGUUUUUCCCUCCUGGAAUAUUUAUUCUCCAAAAGUAACAUACAGCUGGGGCUCAGGACCCUUUUCCAAUCAGCCCAUAUUGGUCUGUUCUGGGAGCUGAGGGGUUGUUAACAUCAGUGUUCAUCCUCCAUCCUCCUUGCACAUCCACCAGGUGUGGUUUUUUUUUUUUUUUCUUCCAGAGGGGGAGGGGUCAUUGGGAUUAUUAACCUCUAAUUUUUAUUUUUUACCUGUUUCCCUCUCCCCCCAAAUCCUCUGCAGAGCUGUUGCCUUCAAGGGGCCUGGCACGGCAGGCCCUGGGGAUGUGGGAGAGGGCUGACUCAGGGCUCCCCUCAGCUGUUCCUCCCUCUGGAAGGGAGUAGAGGGUGGGAUUCAGGGGCCUCAAGCUGGGCUCUAGGUGAAACCUGGCCCUGCUCCCAGCCUUGGCUUUAGACUGUUACUCCCAGCUUUGGGAAAUUUUCACAUCGAUAACUAUUUUAAAAUUAAAACUAUUUUACUGGUA